GUUGAAACAACGUUCACGUUCCUUUGUCUUAGAACGACUGGUUGAAUAUGAAAAUCUGAAUACAAUUGUUGUUAACUUAUAUCCUGGUAACAAAGGAUACUCAUUAGCUAUGCAUUACGAUAGUAGAAAAGUAUUGUCACAAGUAGGAGAUUUAAACUCGACUGAACAAAUAAAUACUAUUGGUGUUGGUAGUGGAACAUCAAGUAAUUCUACAGGCAUUGAUAAUUCAAGCAUUAUAGGAAGUUCUUCCUCAAUUGCCAAAACUGGUUCUAGUCUAGAAGAUUUGUCGUUAACUGAAGUGCUACACUGGCCAUACGAAGAUAAUCUGCUACUAGAUUGUAUUGAUCGAGAAGUGUUGCCAGACUUUCUUAUGCACUUGCUAGUUGCACCGACGUUAUCAUUAAAUUUAUCACAAGACGACAGUGAACCACCGCUUACUUAUGCGAAACCGAAUGUAUUUUAUUCGGGUUGCGUUAUAGUACAAAUUCGAGAUUUUCGGCAAACAUUUGCUAUUUCUUCGAAUGACUGUGAUACGAAAUAUGUGCUAUUGCGGCCGACAAACAGCACAAUUUUUUCUGAAGUGCACAAUUUAGCGAUAUCAACGAAUGCAAAUUAUGCAGCUACGGUUUUAUCAUCAUCAUCGUCCUCAUCAUCUGCUGUCGUGCCCACUACUUCUACAGCAGAAGAUAAACUUAUUUUAGAAAGUCAAUUGGUGUUAGCUACAGCCGAGCCUUUGUGUUUGGAUCCAGAUCCUAGUAUAGGUCGCAUAGCGAUUAAUGCACAACACCAACGCCAAAUAUUUAGCACGUCGGAAAUUCGCCGUCAAAUGAAGAAGUUUUCAAUGAUUUCGAUAAAUAGAAAACGAAAGUUGGACCAGUUUACUCACAACUAUGGACUCGAAUUGUGUGAUUAUUUAUCACGUUUACGUUCGCGACAAAAAGCGAAAAAUCUAAAUACUGGUGUUAGUCCAAUACGUCAACCGCGGCAAGAAUAUUCAGUUAAUUUAAAACUACCAGAGCACAUGAUUAGUGUUGAAAAGCUUGCAAAACCACUCAAACCACCUCCAAAUUAUGAAUUAAGUUCUAGUAAUGAUUCAUUAAGUGAUAAAAAUACGUGUAUACCCAAAGAACCCCAUCCAGGUUUUGACUAUCAGCCUAGACUAAUUGAGGAGCAUAUACUGGAGACUGAGCGAAAGGAUAAUGUAGGACGACUUGUAAUUUAUCAUAUAAAAUUAUCAAUAUUUCAAAGACCUUCAAACUCGGAAUUUUUGGGUGAACUAUAUGUAGAUAGGGAUUACCGGGAAGGUCAACGAAAUGGUGAAUCUUGCAAAUUCAGUCUGGGUUCACGAGAACAUGCGGUACGCUAUAUACAUCAAUUUACUGAAAUUUUUACAGAAGAGGGACGAAAAGCUGUGAAAAUAACAAAAUUGGUACCUGGAGAAAUGCCAAAGGUGACAUACACACAUGAACAACAACAAUUACUGUUACAAGAGCAACAGAAAAAAGCAGCACUAUUGGCUGCCCAACAACAAAAACUACAGCAGCAACAACAGCAACUGCAACAAAUUUCUGCUACUGCACAUCAAAAUAUUGGGGCAACACAACAACAGCAUGUUGUUGUUAUAGGUCCAAAUGGCCAACAGCAACAUAUUAUACCAGCGAGUUUACAGCAUAGCGGUAGUAACACGCAGCAACAACAUAUUGCAAUAUCGCAAGCAACAGGGAAUUUAACGAAAAAUAUUAAUAUUGUCGGAUUAUCAGCCAACAAUGCUGCGGCUGUACAACAAGUAUUAAGACAACAGCAGCAGCAGCAGCAACAACAACAACAACAGCAAGUUACUACACAGUUUAUUGAUGCUAACGGUGCUACGGUACAGUUGCAAUCAGCGCUCACUGCCAACAAUAGUAAUAAUAAUUCUACACAAUCUCCUCAUUCGCAAACACAGUCAGCUCAACAACAAAUACAACUGCAUCAAAUUGGUGCUACUGGUGCGCCCAAUGCACAUCAUGUAAGCCUAAAUAAUGGUUCUUUAGUGUUGGUACAACAGCAUCCAGCUGCUGUUCAACAAAAUCAACAGCCGCAGCAACAAACCCUGCAACAUGCUGGUAUAACAAUACAACCUGCAAAUGUUCAACAGCAAUUAUUAAGUCAACAACAACAUCAGCAACAAAAAACUCAAGUUAUUACAGCAGCCCACCUCAAUGCUGCUGGUGUUAAUUCCGCGUUACGUACUCAGUUAAGCUCCAGUGUUUUGCAGGCACAACUUAAAACUGGACCUAUUUUAACAACGCAGUCCCAACAACAACAACAGCAAUACUUACAAAAGCAGCAGCAACAACAACUAUUACAAAAACAACAACAGCAACAGCAAACAACUGCCAGUAAUAACACUAAUAAUUCUAGUAAUACAACAUUGCAAGCUAAUGCCACAAUAAAUGCAAUUGUUACAAGUAUAAUGAAUUCUGCCAAUCAAUGGCAACAACAACAGCAGCAGCAGCAACAACAACAACAACAACAGCAGCAACAGCAACAACAACAAAAUGUAAAAAAUAUUGGUGGAAACAAUAACAGUAACACAUCAGCAAUAUUGAAGAAUUCAAGCAAUGCUUCAAUACGCAGCUUACUCAAUAGUGCACCAGCUGCAAUGACUAGCACACCUGUAGCAAGUGGUACAUUUACAACUUCAACUGGACAGCAACAGACAGUUACUCUUGUCCAACAUGCGCCUACUCAAGCGCAACAUCAACACCAGACACAACAAAGACAAACUGUUAAUACUGUAGAUAGUUUUACACAAGCGACUCCACCACAUCCUUCAUCAUCACCAGCACCAACGGUACAACGUAAGCAUCAAAACGAAGUUCUACAAAAUUUGCUUAACUCGAAUCGUAAGAUAAAUAUUGUUGGUGGUAACACAAGUGGAGCGACAUUUCGCACAAACGCAGCUGGUAAUCUAAUAGCCGUAUUAAAUCAGACUGCAAACCAACAUCAAGAUCAUCAACAACAGCAAACUUCGCAGCAAACCGUAAGAGUGUCAAUGUCUGCAUUAGCAUCUCAAUUAGCAUCACCUCCUGCAAUAAUGACAAGCCCAGCAGCUAAUUUUGGUUACUGUACCGUUAAUAGUGGGGCUAGCGGUAGUAAUAGCGGUAAUACUAUAAAAAUACUAAACAGCAGUGGUCAACAGCCGAGAGUUUUGUCGAACGCAUUACGUCGCGACUCUAACUCGGCACCACCAAAUACUAUAGUUGUAGGUAUGGCAGCGCCAUCACCUGGCAGUGAUUCAAAUGCUUCUAGUGCUAGUGGUUUUGCUAUACCACAGGCAACUAAUAAUGCGACCGCUAAUUUAAAUGCGCUGCUGGCCAACGCUUCACCAUCAUCAACAGGUUCAGAUCAUGAGCGUCUAACAAGUGGUACAAAUUCUAAUGUAACUACAAUGCCGAGCAUGUCUCCACAACAUUUGUCGAAAGCAUUAGCACAGUCACCUGCUGGCUCGUCUAUUCAUUCACCUAUGUCUAGUCCGCAUCCUCAACAAUCUCCUUCACCACAACAUCACCAGCAACAACAACAAACUACAACCACAUUAAAUUUACAGGGUAUUAAUGUAUCAACUCUACAGGGAGCCAUGGCUAAUUUUCCUGUACAAGUUCAAUUGCCGGGCUACUCCCAACCAAUAUCAUUGCAAUUUUCCGGUAACAGUUUACAAACUGCUAACAAUAGUGGUAAUAGUGCUGGCCAAGCAUUACAAACACAGCAACGUAGUCUUCUGGUAUCAGUUCCUGUUUCAUCUUCGACUCAACAACAGCAACAACAUACUAUUACGUUGCAAUCUCAAUUGCAACAGCAGCAACAUGCUCCACCAACUGGUACGAUAGUGAAUUUACCCGCAGGUGCAUCAGCAGCUACUGGCACACAAACAGUUGUUCUAACGAAUAGUGGAGGUAAUGCUGGAAAUAGUAAUAAUGCGAAUAAUACAGGCGGAGGUGGAACGACAAUGCUUACUUUGCCAAUUGCUCAAUUAGUCGGUCCCGGUGUACAAAAACUCAAUCCUCAAACAAUCCGUACCCAAGGUGGUGGUGGUGGUGUUGCAGGUGGGAAUGUUAUUGUGCAACAAUCUCCGCAACAAGCGCAGCAACAAACUCAGCAGACUUUAAGUGUGAGCAAUGCCGGCAAUAUCGGCAAUAUCGGCAGCAGUUCCAAUAAUCAGACUAUACAAUUAGUUGGAACGUUACAGCAGAGAGCGCGAAAUAUACAAGUUGUUGGUACGAAACAAAUAUCUAAUCGACAGUUAAUAGCGGCGCAACGAAAUAUUGGUGGAUCAACAUUGAAGAUAUCAACUACACCAUUAAAUGCUACCGGAAACGCUAUAACAUCUACAGCAAAUCUUACUGCCACACCUAUUGUUAUGUCAGGCCAAAAACUACAACUCAAAACAAUAAAAGCAUCGCAACAACAGCAGCAACAACAACAUCGUAUUUUUAACCAAGUUACUGCUUCAGCUAUUGCCGCUGCUGCUGCACAACAACAACAGAAUUCCGUACAAAACUCCCAACAGCAACAAACGCAAGGAGUAUUAAUUGGACAGCAGCAACAACAACAGCAACAUCAACAGCAUAUACAAAUAAGCAGUCGCACACCGUCAGGUACAUUGACACAACGUACCAUAAACGCUUUAGCAGCAGCUGCUGCUGCAAAGCAACAACAACAACAGCAACAGGCAGCUGCUGCAGCCAAUCGAAGACGAUCAGCAACUGAUGCUAACAAAUAAAAUAAAAUAACUGAACAAUACAUUUUGAAAUAUAUAUAAAAUAAACUACUAAAAUAAAACAUAGUACUAAGACUCAUCUUACGAAUGAGUUUAAUUUAAUAUGUAGCAAUAUAACUUAUACAUUUAUAUCUGUGAUUUAAAGGUAAAAUUUAUUGAGUAGAUAUUGUUUAA